CGCAUGUUUCUUUUCGUUCGUGGUGUUCCGCAAAUCUCGAUCGCAAGCUGAUCCACACAUUUUCCGCUGGCCAUUUCGCAGAAAAUCACACCGAACGCAGCGAAAACCCAUCCGAUUUUCCACCUCCUCUGUUGCGGUCGGGGAGAAGCGCGCGCGUGUGUACAUUCUAGUUUCCUGAAGGUUUUGGUUUGGGCCGCGAGGAAAGUGAAGUGCAAAAAAUGAACACCCGCGGAUUGCUCCAGAGAGGCCUGCGGAUUAUCAAUGGCAAGAAGAUUCUGACCGCUGCGACCACCGGCCGGCAGUUUAGUUCCGUCGCGGCUGCCACCGGUAUCGGUUGCUGUACGCAUUGUCGACCGCUGGAAUCCGGAUCGGCGUCCGGGCUGUUUGCAAAUGGGAAGCAACGAAGCAAAGGAACCACUAUUGUCCAGGCCAGGACCAUUAGUACCAGUAAUGUGUUGCUGAAGAAGGAUUACUAUAAUGUGCUGGGUGUGGCGAAGAAUGCGUCGGCUAAGGAAAUCAAGAAGGCCUAUUACCAGUUGGCCAAAAAGUACCAUCCGGACACGAACAAGGGCGAUCCGGACUCGAGCCGAAAGUUUCAGGAAGUUUCCGAAGCGUACGAGGUGCUGAGCGAUGAUACCAAGCGACGGGAAUACGACACGUACGGACAGACAUCGGAGCAGAUGGGCAGAGCCGGCAACGGUCCAGCGAGUCAUGGACCGCAAGGAUUCUCCCAGAACUGGCAGUUCCGUAGCACGAUCGAUCCGGAGGAGCUGUUCCGUAAGAUUUUCGGCGACGGAGGAUUCAAGGCCGGGUUCGAAGAUUUUUCCGAUUCGCGGUACGGAUUCGGUGGUGCCCAGGAGGUCAUGAUGAAUCUGACCUUUGCGCAGGCGGCCCGCGGUGUGAACAAGGACAUCGACGUCAAUGUAGUGGACACAUGCCCCAAGUGUACGGGAUCGCGGUGCGAACCUGGAACCAAGCCGGGCAAAUGCCAGUACUGUAACGGAACCGGAAUGGAGACCAUUUCGACGGGACCGUUUGUGAUGCGAUCUACUUGUCGGUAUUGCCAGGGCACGCGAAUGUACAUCAAAUAUCCGUGCCUGGAGUGUGGUGGCAAAGGGCAGACGGUCCAGCGGAAACGGGUUACCGUUCCGGUGCCGGCCGGCGUCGAGGAUGGACAGACUGUGCGGAUGAGCGUAGGCAACAAAGAACUGUUCAUCACGUUCAAUGUGGAAAAGAGCCGUUACUUCAAGCGUGACGGGGCCGAUGUGCACACAGAAGCGAACAUUUCCCUCUCCCAGGCGGUUCUCGGCGGUACGAUACGAGUGCAGGGCGUGUACGAAGAUCAAACCAUCCAGGUGGUACCGGGCACAUCGUCCCACACCCGGGUCUGCCUCCGCGGCAAGGGUCUCAAACGGGUCAACAGCUACGGAACCGGUGACCACUAUGUGCACCUGAAGAUCCAGAUUCCGACCAAGCUGAACAACAAGCAGAAAGCGCUGAUACAGGCCUACGCGGAGCUGGAAGAAGACACCCCCGGACAGAUCAUGGGCGUUACAAACAAAACUGACGGUGGCAAGGUGUGCUACGCUGAACCGCAGGACCUGACGGACAUCGUGCGAGAAGCCAUCAAGGAGCGCAAAAAUCUUCCCCCGAAAAGUGAAGACGAAGAGAAGAAAGAGCGGAGUAGCAACUAAGGCAUUGCAAGGAUGAUACUUUUCUAGUUAACAAAUUUAGAUGCGUUAAAUCUAAAAAAGCAUUGGUUGCAUUGAUUGGAACCAAAAAAUUUGGCUGCUAUAAUCCUUAAGAAACGUGGACGACUUUGUUGCACUCUUUUGUUCAUAUCUUUUGACCCAAUACUAAGUAUUCUGAUAAACAUUCUGGAAGGAUUCCGGUGUUAGUCUUGUAAGGUUUCUGGUGAGAAUGCUGAAAGAAUUCCUAUAAGAAUCCUGAAAGAAUUCCUGAAAAGAUGUAGAGGAUAUUGGAUGGGAAUCCUGAGAAGAUUUUGAUGCGAUUCCUAAGAAGAUUCUGAUUAGAAUCCUGAGAGAAUUUUGGUGAAAAUCUUGCAAGUAUCCUGAGAGGAUUACAGUGAAUAGCCCGUAAGUAUUCUGAUGAGAAUUCUGAUAAGAAUCAUGAAUCGAUUUCUUCUCAGGAUUUUCGUCGAAGCGUAAGACAUUUUCAGAAUUCUUUUAAGACACAUUCAAGGGUUCUCAACAGUAUCCUUCCAGGAUCUUCAUCAGUAUCCUUCUAGGAUUCUUAUGAGAACCCUUCCAAAUUCUUAUCUUAAUUCUUGUAUGGUUCUCAUUCUUCCAAGGUUUUAUCAGAAUCCAUCCUUCCACGAUUCUCAUCAGAACCCUUUCAGAAUUCUCAUAAGAAUCCUUGCAGGGAUGUUAUUAGAAACCUUCCAGUAUCCUCAUCAGGCUUCUCACAAAAGCCUUUGAGAAAUAUCUGCAGAAGAGAACUCCAAAUAAUAGCUUUGUGAUUUACUUCAAAUAUAGGUGUAAGAUUUUCUAGAUAAAUACUUAUACUAUUCAAUCAGAACAUAUAAGCAAAAGAGUGCAACAAAUUCUUCCACGUGUUUUAGGACUCAACCGGCCCACGGACGUUUCGGAAUAAUAAGAUGGGAACUGAUUUUGCAAUGCUUCAAAGAGGCAAAUAUGAUUGUUUGUAAUUAGAAACGCCUAAAAUGAAUUAUCUGUUUUAAUGAUAAUCUUAAAAA